AUGCCAGGAGCCAUGAUCGUCUCGUCUCCGUCCUCUGCAAGCUUCCAGUCUGGGGCAUGCUCCUCUCCUAAUCAUUUUUCUGCUCCUGGUGCAACAAGCGCCUCCGCUGCUCAAUUUGCCGCGUCCUCGCGUGUAUCUCCUUACUCAGGCUUCAAUUCUCCCUCACCAUUCGCCGCCCCCGCCGCCGUUGCCAACUCUGCCUCGUCCCCUGCCCUUCGUCAGCAUCGUCGCUCCGCGUCUCGCUCGCUUUUGUCUCACAGCAUAGAGGAAUUACGCACUGCCUUGAAAAACCACACUGUAGCCACUCCUCCCUCGCAGGAUCCCGCCUCGGGCCCCUCAGGGGAUCAUUCUCGCGGCUGUAUGUCCGCUGGACCAGACACCCUUGGGGGCGACUCCCGCCAGUCGUCGACUAAUGCGAGCAAUAAUGAUAAUACGACCAAUCCGAAUAAUCAUGAUCCGAUUCAGCCAGCCCAGACUAAAUCCCAAUCCCAGCCUCCGAAGGCUGCACCUCAGGUUCCAAUCGCUACCAAUGCAGAUACAAGCGUGAUUGCCAUUUCGCCCUCAGAUGUGAAAGGAAAACGUCAACUGGCCGAUGCUACUGAGCGUCCCACCGCCGUUGCAGAAACAAAACAAAAUGGGGAAGAAACAGAACAGAGUCGGCUGAAGCGAUUACGACCGCCGGCACCAACCGUCAAACUGUUACCUCGACGAUAUGAAUUGGUGCAUCCGAACGAUCUCGUGAUUUUAAUUUCUAGCAUGAUCAUGGAGCUGAUCCAGUACAAUGACACCAUCCCCUUACAAGGUGGCCGAUUGACUCGUUUUCACUCACGGACACCGCCCCGUAUCUCGGUACGAGACUAUUUACAGCGUUUGACGACGCAUGCGACAUUAUCGCCUCCGAUUCUUCUCAGCAUGGUUUAUUAUAUCGAUCGUCUAUGUGCUCUAUACCCCGCCUUCACUGUUUCGAGCUUGACGGUUCAUCGUUUCUUGAUUACGAGCGCUACGGUUGCUAGCAAGGGUCUCAGCGAUAGUUUCUGGACGAACAAGACAUAUGCACGGGUUGGAGGUAUCACAAUCACCGAGUUGGCGAUGCUCGAGCUGGACUUUUUAUGGCGCGUGGAAUGGAAAAUCGUUCCACAGCCUGAAGUGCUCGUCGAUUAUUACCUGAGUCUUGUCGAACGAUGCGAAGGAUACGCACUAGAGCCGGAAGAAUCUGAUUUGGCAUCGGCGACUUCCGGCAACAUGGAGGGUGUUGUUACCACUCCACCUUCAACCUAA